AUGGCGGCAGCAAAGAAGGAUUUCUCAAUUCAACAGCGUGUGUGCGAGCCCAUUGUGAAUCGUGGUUUGGAGAGCUUGCGGCGUAUCCACUUUUUUCGAGCAUUGAAGGAGCCCUGCCUGAAGAUGAUCGCGGCCAAGUUGCAGGUCUGUUUUUUGGCUCCAGAGGAGGUCUUGGCGCGUGAAGGCGAAAAGGUGGACAAGUUGUGGUUCAUGGGCAAAGGAACGGCGGAUGCCGUGGUGCAAGGGCAGAAGGUUCAUACCUACUUGUCGCGUUCUGUGAUUGGACCCCCGAUGGCACUGUUGAUGGAUCAAAACUGGACUCAGACAGUGACCACCACCUCCUUUUCGGAUUUCAUGGUUUUAACGAGGCACGAUCUGCACAUCUUCCUGACGCACCACGAGAGCGAGGCCUCCAAGGUCCACGCCGCGGCCUUUCAUUCGCAGAUCAAGCUGGAGCUGUCGGGUCGUGCACCGCACGGACACAGCGGACACGGCGGACACGGUGAAGAGCGCCAGGAACGGCAGGUCUUGAUCAGCAACUUGACUACUUCCUUGGAUGGUCAAAAUUUGAUGGUUUUUUUCGAUGGUCAGUGCCAAGUCAGUGCACAGAACCGGCCCGUGGCACCUGCCCAACCAGCUGCUGCGUUAAUGAACGACCAGCAUUUCGCCAAUCAUGAGGAAUUUGAGGAUGGGAUCGAAUUCUUCUCGAGUUUCGACGUAUUCACGCUCGAACUACUCUUAUCCAUCGUGCGAAAGAACACCUACAAAACGAAUCAAGACAUCUUGACGCAAGGACAACGUGCAGAGGCCCUUCAUGUGAUCUACGCUGGCCAAGUUGAUGUGCUCAUUGAUGGUUUGGCGGUCUCCAGAUUGGGCUCCCAGAGCAUUUUGGGUGAGCGCUCCAUUUGUGCCCUGGGUGAAGAGAUCAAACCCUGCGCUGCCACCAUUCGACCGGUGACCAGUGUGGUCAUCACCUACUCCUGGCCGCGCACCUCGUUGUUGGAGCUCUUCAUCAGGGAUGAUCGGAUCUAUGAACGCUUCAAGAAGAAAUUUGACAUUUUGACUGUUCACCAGGCCAGCUUCCGGAAUAUCCGUAUGUUUCAGAAUGCCAACGUUGACUUUGUGGAGAUGUUGGAAGGCAAAGUGCGACCCUUGGAUUUGGCGCCAGGUGAUGUGCUGUUUGAAGGUGGAAAGCCCAGUGCAGAUGCCUACAUUCUCUGCGAUGGAGCGGUUGAGAUCGUCAAGGAUGGAAUCAAACACAUCAACAUUGAGGUCACCAACAUAGCUGAUGCAGUUCUCUUCGGCGAAUUCAAUGUCUUAGGUCUGUGGCGUUCUCCCAAGGCCACAGUCCGCGCAACGAAAUACUCCGUGGUCAAAAUCAUCACCACAGCUGCGCUGAGACAAUGCUUCGCAGCCUUUCCCGAUGAGUCCUUGAUCUUCCGGGAACUGGUGGAGAGAAGAAUCGAAAAAGAUGCCAGCAAAGACAUCUCUUGGACCUUGGGAGAAGAACUCCGAGAAGAGUUGUCGCGUGAGGAAGUGUCUUUGCUACCACGAAACUAUGUGAGGCUGUUCACGAAAGACUACGACCAGAUUCAUUUGCCUCGCGACUUGGGCGAGAUCAGCGAGUUCCAAGACCUUCCUCCGAAGCCGCUGGAGGAAUUGGCUGCGCUGAUGAAGCUGCGGCUCUAUGUGCCCCAACAGGUGAUCCUACAACAAGGCGAGGACCUCUUUGAGAUCAUGAUCUUGCAACGAGGAACUUGUUCGGCCGAAGUUUUCGGAGCGGAUUUGCAGCCCAUGGAGGGGCCCAGCAUUGUGGGAGGCAUUGCCUCCAUGAUCACCAAGAAGGUCUUCACCACCAUCAUUGCAGAGGAAACGUGCUUCGUGGGCGCCAUUUCCAAGCACCGGUUUGCCACCAUCAUGGACAAAUACCCGGAGUUCCGCAGGGAGUUGCUGUUGCAGACCAACAUCUCCUUCAAACGUUUGUGCGAUGACUUUCACGAGCAGAUGCUGAUGGCCUCGGCCCUGCGGAGCCACUUGGCGAAGGUUGAGAUUUUGUCGGAGGCCUCCAGCGAUUUCGUGGCGCAGCUGGCGCAGCAGAUGGCGCCGUGUCUGUUGCUGCCGGGGCAAUCCUUGGUGCAGGAACCGGAGAAUCCCAAGUUGUAUUUCAUCAUUGAGGGGCACCUCCAUGUCAUGAAGAAUGGCUACCUGGUGGCUGCUCUAUCUUCGAAAUCCAUCACGGGAAUCUUGGAUGUCUAUGGCAUCGACACCGGUGACAAUGUCCAAGUGAAAACAGAUGAAAUCUGCAAGGUGGGCACUGUUUCCAGGAAAGCAUUAUUCGGCCUGUUCGAAAAGUUUGAAGCAGAGCGAGCAAAGUUUGAGCAGCACCUUCAUCACCUUUUGGAUGAUCAGGUUGUCGGUCACCGGCUGAAGCUUCCAAUUCUUUCGGGCAUGCCUUCGCAAUUCCUUCAGCGCGUGAGUCUCCUGUUGGAACGCCGAGUGUUGCAUCCCUACACCGUCCUUUUCGAGGAGGGUGAGGUGGGUUCUACCAUGGUGGUCUUCAAUGUGGGGAAGGCGGACAUCUUGUUCCGAGGCCUCCAGGUGAGCAUGUUGUGGGCAGGGAAAUCCUUUGGUGGGGCCCAAAUGAUGGGAGUGCAGCGGCAAUACCAUGCGACCAUCAAGACCAAGACCAUGAGCCACAUCCUGCUGCUGACCCAGCAGCGCUUCAGCUCUCUCACUUCACCUGGACCCAAGCGGCCAUGGGUAGCCACCUUGAAGCAACGGGCGAAGACGGCAUAUCAACAGGAGUUGAAGCUCUUUCGUCAGAAGCACGCUCAAUUCAGGGUCCUUGGUCAGUCGGGUGUGACCAGCGAAAUGACCUCUGCCAUCUACUCCAAGAUGCUCUUGCUGCAACAGAUCCUGAAAAGUUGGCAUCAAAUCUGCAACGGGACCCUUUCAGAGGCAGGUAGCCAUCGCAGUUCCGUCAGCAAAGAUGCCCUGCCCGCCGCCCCUGAAGUCGUUGACGUACCGGUGAUAGCGGUUGCAGCUGAGGCCCCAGGGAAGAAGGCGCCGCCCGCCCCACCAUAUCCACUGCUAUUUAGUAGGGCUUUGCGACCCAUCCGUGUGGUUUUGGUUCCUUCGGGCAAAGACCCCAAAAAGGUCAAAGACCGCAAUCGCAGGGCACAGGCAUAUGUGACUGAGGAUUGA